AUGGUGGAAAUUUCGACCGGAAAGAGAAUUAGAGGAAGUUGGCGGGAGCAGAGACUAACGUCAGAAUUGUUCCACUUGAUAGACAGUAUGUCAAAUUCAUUUAGAUUUUCAAAACUUCUCCCGCGGUUUCUAAGGAGUGAUAAAGGAAAAUCGAACUCAAAUUCUGACUGGGAAUAUGGUGGAGAUAAACAGAAAGACGGACAUGUUUGUAAAGUAUUGUUCUUGGAUGACACAGAGGUAUUGCUCCCGUUUAAGGGGAGUUCCAAGGGAGCAAUACUAUUGGAGGAGGUAUUCAGACACCUAAACCUUGCUGAGAAGGACUACUUUGGCUUGAGAUAUCUAGACUCCUCAGAUCAAACACAUUGGCUAGAUAACCAGAAAGGCCUUUCAUCACAACUGAAAGGCUGUUCUAUACCUUAUCUGUUGUACUUUGGUGUCAAGUUUUAUCCAGUAGACCCAUGCAAAUUGAAGGAGGAAAUUACAAGGUACCAGUUUUACCUGCAGGUGAAACGUGACAUUGUUCAAGGUCGCCUUCCAGUGACCUUCGAAGAAGCUGCUGAACUCUUUGCUUAUGCCAUCCAAUCGGAGUUGGGAGAUUAUGACCAGCGACUGGCACAGGGUUAUGUGUCGGAGUUUCGUUUUGUGCCCAACCAGACAGAGGAGUUGGAAGAUACUAUAUCAGCUUUACACAAACGUCUAAGUGGUCUUCGACCUUACCAAGCAGAACACAAGUUUCUGGACAAAGUAAAAUGGUUGGACAUGUAUGGAGUCGACCUUCAUCCAGUAAUGGGUGAAGGAAACACAGAGUAUUUUCUUGGACUAACACCAAUGGGGAUUGUAGUUUACAAGAACAAGACGAAAGUGGGCAACUACUUUUGGCCAAGAAUUAACAAAGUUACCUUCAAAGGGAAAAUAUUCAUCAUCAAAGUCAAAGACAAAAAUAAUGAUGAGCAUACCUAUGCAUUUGAGGUUAUGAGCAAGCUUGCCUGUAAACACCUGUGGAAAUGCUGUGUGGAACACCAUGCGUUCUUUAGACUAAGGCAGGCCAGUGACUCCUAUGCUAGGUCAGACUACAGUUAUAGACCUACCUCCCGUAGUCGGCGCUCCAGUGGUCGUCAUGAACGACUGAAUCAGACAGAAAGUGAUCGACGACAGCCUAAUGUGAAUCGUGUCCCUAGUAAACGGCAUCAGCGGAGAACCUCAUCAGAUUCCAGACUCAGUGUUCAUGGAGAAGGGAUACCACACCUUGCAGCAGGGAUAUCAGUGAACCGUAUUGCCAUACCUCCCCCAGACAAAAGUACACGUCACAACAGAAGUCUGCCAGACCUCCAGAAGGGCUCUCCUAAAAGUACUCGCUCAGCUCCUUGGGAAACAGAUGUAGAAGCGGGUCUGUAUACGUCGGGGAGAGACUCCCCAACAUCUAUGUACAGUGAUGCCACGAGAUCCUAUCACAGAAGAGUAGGACCACCUAGUGAUACAGAAAGUGGAUACCGCAGAAAACAUAUGUACUUCCCAAGGGGAAAAGGAUCUGACAAUGAAAGUGAUGUUUCGUUUUCCCGAAGAAGAAGGCGAGAGAUUGAUAGUGGAAGUGAGUCUGAUGUUUCCCCAUCACGUCCCCACCGCCACAGACCUAAGAGCUCAGCAGAUGAUUGGUUUGAAAGUCAAUGGAAAGAAGCCAUGGAAGGGAUGUAUAUUCCAAACAAGGAAAAUAUGCCUAACGGUGGUGGUUCGUCUGUACAUUCUGCACCCACUGGGGACUUUGCUGCCAAGCGACGGCGGCGACGGCGCAGUAAAUCCCCUGCUAAUAAACAACAACCUCCAGAAGAAUUAAGGCAACAUUUUGACUAUAAUCUGGUGGAUACCGAGGGUAUGACAGAGGCAGAACUACAGGACAUACCAUUUAUCCAAGUCGAGACAAAAGCAGAGCCAUUCCGUUUGAGAUAUUCACCCAAAACACGACAGCGGUACCGGUCCCCUAAGAGGAAAAGCACUGGUGACCUUGACCCUGACCCUAGACUUGGGAUCCAUCUGACCAAUGGUGAUAAUGCAGUGCCUUCCUACCCUAACCACGACACCCCAGAGUCUGUACGGCACAACUAUUUCAGUGACACUAACAGUAACUAUAAACUAAAAAGUCGCAAUGACAAGGGUAACCAGCAGCCUGACCGACAGCUUCCUGGCCGUCCUGGGACAGACAAACAGCCAGCGAGACUACCCAACAGGGACCAGACUAAGCCUCAUUUUGACUACCAAUCCCAGGACGGUGUUUCUCUAAACUCCCAUGAUACCUUGCGAAGCCGGGAUUUUGACUCCACUACCAUCAGCUCUGAGCAGGCAUCCCUUGGUGUUUCACUUGAUGACAGUCGCAGUCGUGUUGACCAGAAAUUUGAAAACAGAAUGGAAAAUGUCAGAGGAUCUAAUAGAUACAGUGCUAAAAUGGAUGACAGAAGACAGGACCAGUCUAGUCAGAAUAACAGACCCAGCUCUAAUGAACAGGGCAGGGGUGAUAGUUCAAGGUCAAAUGAACAUGAUAAAACAAGGCAAAAUGAUCAAGAUAUAUCAAGGUCAAAUGAUUUUGAUAGGUCAAAACUAAACGAACAAGAUAGAGGAAGGUCAAAUUACCAAGAUAGGGCAAGGUCAAACUAUCAGGAUAGGUCAAGGACAACUGAUCUAGAUAGGUCAAGGUCAAAUGAACAAGAUAGAAUCAGGUCAAAUUAUCAAGAUAGAGUGAGGUCAAAUGAUAUUGAUAUACCGAAGUCAAACAGUCAAGUGCAUGGUGCCUUGUCAAAUAUGUCCAGUAUACCCAGUCAAAUGAGAAACGAUUACAGAAACCAAGGUCAGCCAAGGCCAUACAACCCAGAGUCAAGGUCAAGUGAGCUACAAAGGCCAUAUGACCAGGGAAGGUCUGAGAGACCUGUUCAGUACCAGUUACGCAGCUCACAGCGUAAUCAUAACAAAGGGCGGGUAACUCCGUCCAGCACUGUUCCCCCUGAGGACGAGGGAGAUCAGCCACAUGAAGUUAAGGAGGAUGUUGAGGAGGGGGAGUGCAAUAAUGAGGAGGAUGCUGAAGAGGUUGUUGAUGAGGGUGAUGAGGAGGCGGGGUCAAGACAAGCGAGAGGGCCACCCCCUCUUCCUCAAAGGGACCACACAAGUACCUACACUCCAACAAGGUCUGACCACCCAAGAGACCUGAUAAGGGUCAGCUCAGCUCCAAGGGGACAGGCAAGAACGACCCCUGACAACAGGGAACACAAUAUAAUAAACUCUGCUCCCAGAUCACAGGGUAGAAUGAACUCUGACACUCGGGGACAAUCCAAUGUGAAUUCUGAUUCUAGAAGUAAUCGAGGAAUGUACUCAGACACUCGGGCACAACCUGGCGUGAAUUCUGAUUCUAGAAGUAAUCGAGGAGUGAACUCAGACACUCGGGCACAACCUGGCGUGAAUUCUGAUUCUAGAAGUAAUCGAGGAGUGAACUCAGACACUCGGGCACAACCUGGUAUGAAUUUUGAUUCUAGAAGUAAUCGAGGAAUGAACUAUGACCAAAAUAAUCAGGGUAGAUUGAAUUCUAGUCCUCAAAGCACUCCAAAAAUGAAUGGUACAGUCCACAACCAGGGAGUGUCAACAUCUACAAACAAUGCAGCCCCUACAAGGAGUAGAAUGGGAUAUUCCAGUGUUCAGGACCGCCCCCUGCCCCGCCCCCCUGUUAAUGUUCAGAACUCUCCGGCAGGCAUGUCCCCAAAAAGUAGGACUUUUGGCACCAGUGACACCAUCAAGAAACUGUAUAGCACCCCUCCAGAUACGAAACGCAUGUAUGCCACACAGGACAGCAUACGUCGACUUUAUAACCAGGAUGGCCAAACCCCGCCAGGCAAGGGUGUGUCUACAAGCGGAAUGUCAUCUGUAGGCAUGUCUACAGGGCGCAGCCAAAAUAUUCUUACCCCACUUUCUCAAAAUGUCAGUGCACAAAAUUCUCAAAAUUACAACUACAACCAUUCUCCAGACAAAACUGGUCAGUAUGCAAGUUACUCAAGGGCAACAGACCAUGUUGGUGAGACACGUGUAAGUCGAGGAGUGACAACACAGCAUGUGAUCAACAAGAAUGUGAUUCCGCGGACAGUGUUAGAUCCAGGGCAUAACCGUGACCUCUGGACUGAGAUAUGAUGUGGUUUUUUUACAAACCCUUGUUAUAUUUUGAUAUCAGUCUAAUUUAAGAUGGAAAGAAGAGAGAUGUAAUUGUGUGGAAAGUUGCUAAUUUUGAUGGGGCCAGUUUACAACUAUCUAAUUGUAGCUUGCAUUGUCCUCCCAAUUAAAUCCUACCUGUUUUCAUGUUCUGUCACCAAAGCACUUUAGAAUACUUUUCCUAAAUCUUCCUUAAAAAAUUAAUUACUUUUCAACAUAUUCCUUAGUCCCCUUUACAUACCUCUGAUGUUUGUCUUACUCUGUAAAGUGUUCUGUGUUUGGAGAUUUCUACACCUGUAUCUAGGUUAGUCUAGAUUGCGACAGAAUUUUCCAUACAUUAUAUAAAAGCUAUGCAAUAUAUGUUAUUAUCAUAUCAAAUAUCAAAUUAAGUUCUGUGUGUCUGAUAAUGUUGCUGAUAAUUUUAAGGGUUAGCAGGUCCAAGACCACACUACACCUGAUAAUCAUGCAGUUUGUCUUGCCAAGUGCACUGUGAUAGAAUAAUGCUCAUGUAUAUAUGGUAUCAUUGAACAGUUCUUUGUAUUUAUUUUUGCUAAACGAAGUAUGAAAUCUUCAUAAUAAUUGUUUAGGUUUGAAACAAGAUCAGGCUACAUCUCUAACUUUCAUUUUGAUCUUUUUUUAUUUACAUUUUAUUGCUAACUUUAAACAAUAAUAAAACUGCUGGUAAUUUUGAUGAAAUUGGUGUAUUUGUCAAUAUUAAUUGAUAGAACAGCUCAUGAGACAUUAAAUAAGAUUAAUUCUGAUCUAAUUAUCGUUAAGGUAUCAUAAAGGUAAAGACUUAAUCUCUCUGUCUCAGGCUUGCUUUUUCUUUGUCUCUUUUUUUGAAAUUGUUUUAAAAUGUCAAGUGUAUUUUCUGUUUUUAAUUUCUUGAAAGUAAAAAUCUUUGGUGCUCCUU